CAGCAGCAGCUACUUGGUUCCGCUUUCGCCGGAGACUUUUAGGGCCUUCCCCGACUGUCACCUGUGUGCCGCGGCGCGGGUGGGAGGAAGAGGCAGUCCUAGCUGUGUGUUGUCCUCGCGGCCAGCGGGAAGCGAGCGCCCUCUCGAAAGCCCAGGGAUCCCGCGACCCCUCUUACCAGCGCCAUGGCAGUUCCAGGUUGCAACAAGGACAGUGUCCGAGCAGGCUGUAAAAAAUGUGGCUAUCCUGGUCACCUGACUUUUGAAUGCCGCAAUUUUCUCCGAGUAGACCCCAAAAGGGACAUAGUUUUGGAUGUCAGCAGCACAAGUAGUGAAGAGAGUGAUGAAGAAAAUGAAGAACUGAAUAAACUGCAAGCAUUACAAGAAAAAAGAAUAAAUGAAGAAGAGGAGAAGAAAAAAGCAAAAAGCAAAGAGAAAAUCAAGUUGAAAAAAAAAAGGAAAAGGUCUUAUUCAUCCAGUUCCACUGAAGAGGACACUUCAAAACAAAAGAAACAAAAAUAUCAGAAGAAAGAAAAGAAAAAAGAGAAAAAGAGUAAGUCAAAAAAGGGGAAGCAUCACAAAAAGGACAAAAAGAAGAGAAAAAAGGAAAAGCAUUCCUCUGCCCCUAAUAGUUCUGAAAUCUCCAAAAAGUAACUGAGACUUUGGCCUGAACCAUUAAAUUUAAAAAUUUGGUUUUGAAAAUUAUUAGACUUUCCUUGAAAUUUGCUAUAUAAUUAUGCUUUGCAAUAAAUCACAGCCUUUUCCAUAUAGACAUUUUUUCAUAUAUGGGGCCAUUACUGUCUGGCAGUAUUUUAAUGUACUAUGAUUAUAGAGUAUUGAAUCAGUCUUAUUACUUGAUAGCCAUGCCCCAAGUAUGGAUACUUGUGCAACAAAACUCAUCGUUUUUGGUAUUCCUCUGUGUGUGUGUCUGGCUAGUGUUAUUACUUCAUAAGUUGAUUGUAAAUGGCUUUACUACAGUCAACACAGGCAAUCCACGUAGCAGUUAAUGAGUACUGCUGAAUUAAGUGUCCACCUUCCAGUGUUAAAGUGAGGUAGGGGAUAAUGCUUUGCGCUUGACACUGAAAAAUUUCAUAGCUUUAUGUCCUAUGGUAAUGUAUAAAGAGAGUGAAUUCUUCACUGUUGUUUUUAAAUCUUGGCUUUUUUUGGAUGUCACAGGAGAUGAAGCUGCUUUAUUGGUCUUGACCAGAACUUUUUAAAU